AUGGCGACCCCCCAGGAAGCACAGUACCUGAGUACUCCGAUCAUGAAGGCCUAUGUUCGGAGCGUAUUCGAGGACAAGGAGGACGACAGACACCCACUUCAAGCAAAGAUUGAUAGCUUUGUUCAGAAGGUAGUCGACCACUAUUUCACAAUUCCAGGUCUCAUUAGCGAGACUCAGUCCUACCCAGACUCGAAAACAAGUCUUCAAAGGACAAACAUUACCAUCUCUCUCUCUUAUCGAGGCAAGUUGAAGAAGGUGGUGGUUAUUGAAGCUAAGCGAUUUCCACGUCCACAAGGUGAACUUCGCCCCAACUGGUACAUUACACGCCAGAGUGUUUGGAACAAAGCGAAGACACAGCUCAGGAAGUACUUUGAACUUUCGAGGAAAAGAGAUAAGUGGUCGAAGGACAUGUUGAAGGUCAACUCACACAAGCUGGGGGAUUAUCAAGCACCGAGUUUGUCUGAAGAAGACCAGAAACGAAAAUACUUCUCCAUUCGCGUGGACAGUCUGUUGGUUGAGGAAGUUUUGCUUGAUAUCAAAGCUUUAGUUAUGCCAGGAUUGAGAGACCUAAAUGCGCAACCUUAA